AUGGGUCAAACAAAUCGCAAGCAAAAACCGGAGUGUACAAAUGCGGAAGUAGCAGAAAAGGUGGAGAAGCAUGAGGAAGAACAGGAUGAGGAAUCAGAAUACGUCCAGGAAAAUAUGAAAACGAGCGAAUCAAAUGAGAAUGUUGACGAGGAGAUAAAAGAAUCCCAAGAAGCACUGGCAAAGAAGGAGGAAAAAUCCGAUCAAGAAGAAGAAGAACCAGACGUUAAGAAAUUCAAGAAAACAUCCAAGAGAACUGAAGCUUCGAGCCGGAAAACACUUUCUACCGUAUCUCAACAAAAAUUGGAAUCAUUCAAUACGUUGCUGCCUCGUUUGAAGCACGAUCCCGAAAAUGAUAUCAGUGACGAAGACUUCAAGAAAAUGUUUCAUGCUCUCUGUACAAAGGCGGACGAAAUUGCGGAAACAGUGGCAAAGCAUGAGGAAAAACAGAUGGAGGAAUCGGAAUACGUUCAGAAGGUUACAAAAAGGGGCAGAUCUGAUAAAUGUGCUGCCGACAAAAUGAAAGAAUCCCGAGAAGUAACAUCAAAGAAGAACGAAAAACAAGGAACACGUGAUCAACAAUUGAAGAGAACAACCAAGAGAUUCGAAGGAAGGGAACAGGAAAGAUGGGAAGAAUCCGAUCAAGAAGAAUGGGAAGAAUCAAAGCCAGUAUUGAAGAAAGCCAAGACAAAAUCCAAGGGAAAUGGAGUUUCGAACCGUAAAAAGCCAAGUGCUAGCAAGCUGCCACGAAAAUUGGAAUCGUUGGGUGCCUUGCUGCACAGUUUGAAGCAUGAUCCCAACAACGUCAUCAGUGACGAUGACCUCAAUAAGCUGUUUCAUGCUCUCUGCCCAGACACAGACAAGCUCUACGACUCCGACGACAGCAUCAUUUCGGAGAUUGACGGUCUGAGUGCUGCUGAGUUAGCCGAUGGAACGGCACGUUGUCGAGAAGCCAUGGAAUAUAUUAGAGCCUUGCCAGAGAAAAUGAAAGCCGUCGAUGUGAUACUGAACCAAGGAAAUGAGACUAAAAAGGAACGAGAAGAUAGAAAAAAGGCAAUUAGAGAAAUCACGCAUGGAUUGAAAACGAAGGAUGAGAAAGCUCGAGCAGAGAGAAUCUUUCAGCGAGAGAAGAAAAAGUUGGAGAAAAGUUUCGCGACGGUUGUGCAAGUUUUCGAUAAAGAUGAGUGCAAGACUCUGUGCUCCGACUCUGAACUUCCUCUCGUCACAACUCGCCACCUGGACCACUUCUGGAAACAAUGGCCAAAAUUGAAAGAAGGUCUCUACCGUGGCAAUUUCUUCACCAAUGGACAAACAAAGGCUCAGUAUUUGAAAACUCGCAUCGCAAAGAUUUUUGAGCAUAAGGAGGUAUUAGAAGUCUUGGCCACGGAUCGCUAUGGAUUUGAGUUCUCGACAAGAGAAGCCAUCCUGGUCCUUGCCAAAUACUACAACCCAAACCCUUUGAAACAAGACAAUGGAUUGUUGCAAAUCAACAUCAAAGAAUUGGCUGCCGCUGCAUAUAUCGCCUUUCGCUCUGCUGGUCGAGAGAUGCCCAAGAUCAACGACCCGUUGAGAAUGGCUCUAGGUUAUUAA